GCCCUUCUAUUCUUGGUGCUUGUCUUCUGGGACCUGUUCCUGCCAUAAAUUAAAUAAUUUGACAAAUACUCUCAGAUAGUGACACGCAUUUUAAAUUAGUGCACUGGGCAGAACCACGUAAACCUUGUUUGCUAUCGACAGAAAUAGUGAGACAGGUGGAAAUUGCCCAGGGCGUCGACUGAGCAGUGAGCAUCCAGUCAUCCUUUCACCAGUCUUGCUAGCUAGCGUUAGCCAAGAGACGGGGGACCGCUGGAGGGUUACAGAAAAUGUCUGGUUAUCAAGGAAAAAAGAACAUUCCUCGAAUCACUAGUGAUCGUCUCCUCAUUAAAGGGGCAAAGAUAGUGAAUGAUGAUCAGUCCUUCAUGGCUGAUAUCUACAUGGAGGAUGGAGUCAUCAAGCAAAUAGGUGACAACCUAAUAGUUCCUGGUGGAGUUAAGAUCAUAGAGGCUCAGGGGAGAAUGGUGAUGCCUGGAGGCAUUGAUGUGCACACCCGAUUCCAGAUGCCUGAUCGAGGCAUGGUGGCAGCAGAUGACUUCUACCAGGGCACCAGGGCAGCUCUGGCGGGCGGCACCACCAUGAUUAUCGACCACGUGGUGCCGGAGCCUGGCGGCAGCUUGGUUGCAGCUUUCAAGCAAUGGAGAGAAUGGGCUGACAGUAAAUCUUGCUGCGACUAUUCUCUCCAUGUGGACCUCACGGACUGGAACAAAGGCACUCAGGAGGAGAUGGAGACAUUGGCGAAGGAGCACGGUGUCAACUCUUUCCUGGUCUAUUUGGCCUAUAAGGAUGUUUUCCAACUUUCUGACUCUCAGAUUUACGAGGUGUUGAGCGUCAUCAGAGACCUUGGUGCCAUUGCUCAAGUGCAUGCUGAGAAUGGAGACAUCAUUGCUGAGGAGCAGAGACGUAUUCUAGAGCUGGGUAUCACUGGUCCUGAGGGUCACGUACUUAGCCGUCCAGAAGAGGUGGAGGCAGAAGCGGUCAAUCGCUCUAUCACCAUAGCCAAUCAGACAAAUUGUCCCGUCUAUAUCACUAAGGUGAUGAGUAAGAGUGCUGCUGAUGUCAUCGCUCUGGCAAGGAAAAAGGGUUCUGUGGUUUUCGGAGAGCCCAUCUCAGCCAGCUUAGGCACAGACGGAACCCAUUACUGGAGCAAGAACUGGGCCAAGGCUGCGGCCUAUGUCACCUCCCCACCACUGAGUCCUGAUCCCACCACCCCUGAUUACCUCAGUUCUCUGUUGUCAUGUGGGGACCUGCAGGUGACCGGCAGCGCUCACUGCACUUUUCUGACAUCUCAGCGUGCGGUAGGCAAAGAUAACUUCACCCUAAUCCCAGAGGGCACCAACGGUACUGAGGAGAGGAUGUCCCUGAUCUGGGACAAAUGUGUGGUGACUGGAAAGAUGGAUGAGAAUCAGUUUGUGGCAGUAACCAGCACAAACGCGGCAAAGAUCUUCAACCUUUUUCCCCGCAAGGGCCGCAUUGCUGUGGGUUCUGAUGCUGACCUUGUGCUGUGGGACCCAGACAUCACCAAGAUCAUCUCAGCCAAAAACCACAACCUGACUGUGGAGUACAACAUCUUUGAGGGCACUGAGGUGCGUGGAGGUCCUCUGGUGGUGAUCAGCCAAGGUAAAGUUGUGCUGGAGGAAGGCAGCCUUCACACCACGGAAGGCUGUGGGCGUUACAUCAGCCGCAAAGCCUUUCCAGACCAUGUCUACAAGAGGAUAAAGGCCCGAAGCAGGCUGACAGAGUUGCGAGGAGUCCCCCGGGGUCAGUAUGAUGGGCCGGUGUGUGAGGUGACCAUUACUCCCAAGGUUCUGUCCUCUGUCUCUUCUGUGAAGACUUCUCCUACCAAGCAGCAGGAGCAACAACAAUUUAUUCAGCAGCCGGUGCGCAACCUCCACCAGUCUGGCUUCAGUCUCUCUGGGGCACAAAUUGAUGACAACAUUCCCCGCCGUACCACUCAGCGCAUUGUGGCUCCCCCGGGAGGGAAAGCCAAUAUCACCAGCCUUGGCUAAGCUGUGUUUGGAGGUGCAUCCAAGUGCAGACCAGAAGUUCCGUCACACCUGAUUUGUCUUGCACUCCACUCUUCCAUUUUUACACGAGUAUGGUAUAUUACACAAAAAGUAAGGCACUACUACAUUGAAGGAUUCAGUUGUUACAGCAUUGGACAUUUUAGUAGCAGUUAGCAAUUUUUCCCUCAAGAAACAUGUGCGGGAAAAUGCUGGUGGCACAACGAUUUAACCAAAAGUCAAUUCUCUUUUAUUGUUGUAACAUUGCUGUUUUGGUAAAACAUGUUACACUGUACAAAAGUCAAUUUUUAAUUACAAAAACAACACUAUUUUUUAAGUUUAGUUUUGUGUUUGUGUUGCAUAUUAUAGCUCAACAAUUCACCUUGGUCUUCCUAUUGUGUUAUAGUUGCACUUUCUGUAUUUUAAAUGUUUUUUUUGUUCUCUUUCAAUCACAUGUCAUUUCUUAAUGCUUUGACUGCACUGAAAGGAAAAAAUAAGCGUAUUUUAUGGUUAAACUUCAACUUCACAUUGUAUUAUGUACACAGUUUGAGACAUGGUUUUUCCUUAUUCCUUUGCCUCCUCAAACUUGUAAUAGGAAUGGGGCUGCUGUAUACUGUCGUAGAUACAGACUCUGCAAAUUGAAAAGGGAGACUAGCUGAGAGCCUCCCUGCUUCUGGUGCUAUGUGAGCAAUGCGAUAGUGUUUAUGUGACAGACAAUGUUAAUCUUGCCUGCAUCCAAAUUGCAGUUGUGUAUGCUUUGUAGUGUCUUCAAACUUUGUGACACAAAAUUUAGGUUGUUUUUUUUUUUUUUUGCACCUGCAAUAAUCCAAAUGAUACACACGUCAGCUUGCAAGGUUUGUGUAAGGUAUGUUUAUAUGUUGACUUGAGAUAGUCCUGCGUGUUGUGUAAGAUAUUGAUAGCACACUGUAUCUAUGAAGGAUCUUUCAGACCUGAUGGACAAUGCAUUGCUAUGUAUAGGGUGAUGUGUCCACUUCUCUUUGUGUUAGUGUUGUGAACCAAGUUCCAGAAAAUCAGUUCUCCUGUAUCUUACCUUUUUAAU